AUGGCAUUGUUAAGGAGGGCGUAUGCAUUACCCAAAUCAACAAAGAUCUUGCUAGGGAUAUUGAUCUCUAUAACUUCGCUUAUAUUUUUCAUAAAACUUGCUUUCUACCGUUCAGCUAUUGGUAAUGGAAAUAACGAACAAGAUGAAGUCGUUUUCCACAACAUCCAAGUAUCAUAUUUGCAAUUGAUACCACGUUACACGAUAUUCUACCCAUGGGUCAUAGUUACUGCGAUCUUUGCUGAAAUUUCGGUUGUUUCAUUUAUAAUAUCAGGCGCUAUAUUGGCCGUAUCAACCAAAUACGUGGAAAAGUUCUGGGGAUAUAAGGAGGUCAUUAAGUUUGUCUUGGUCUUAGGGUCAUUUACUAAUUUGAUAACUGUUCUAAUUACAAUUAUUUGUAAUUUGAUGAGAGGUGAUGUUGAGGGAAUGGAUAAACCAUUAGGUGGGGGUAUUUCAUACUAUUUUGGAUUUUUGGUGGUUUUGAAGCAGCUUAUUCCAGAGCAUAAUAUAGUAUUGUUUCAAGGACUAAUCAAUUUCAGAGUAAAACAUUUGCCGUUCAUAUUACUUAAUGUUGUUUCUGUAUGGUCUUUGUUAAUAACCAGAUCCUUAUACCCAGCAAUCCCAUCUAUUGGGAGCUUCAUCAUAUCCUAUAAUUACUUACGGUUUUAUCAAUCGUUUUUAACUGACCCAUUAUUGCCCAUUACAAUGGCGAAUGGCGGUUCAGACAGUUCAGGCUCAUUGAUUACAGGCGAUGCAUCCGAUACUUUCCAAUUGGUUGAGUUUUUCCCUAGGAUUUUAAAGCCAUAUUUGACUGUUCUAUUUGACGGUUGCUAUGAUUUGGGUUGUAUGUUAGGAAUCAUUACCCCAUUUAAUGAUGAUUCGAUUGAACAAGGUAAUAUAAGAGCCCAGAAAAGACUGGAGCAAGCGAACCAAACCCAAAAAAGUGUGGCCAAUUCGGUGGCUGAAAGAAGAAGACAAGUGGCAUUACAGGUCAUUGAGGAUAGAAUAAAUAAAGAGACUAGAAAGUAA